AUGGAGGAGCCUCGGAAAAACCCUCUCGAUAAAGGCAGAGGCGAGCUGGGUGGAGCUAGGGUGGAGGGGCGACACAGGCCCUGCAACCGGGUCACGCCGCGGACACUCGCCGGACGCUCCCCGACCCGCCGUGGGUCCCGACGCUCCGAUGACGCUCCGACGGCGCUCCGACCGCGCCCGCCCAGGGCUCGCGGCCGGGGACGCGCAGGGACGCGCGUGGGGAGGCACCGCCUUUCCAAGCCGGCCUGGCAGGAGACGCCCCGGCGCGACGAGCACCGACCGCGGCGGACGAAGGGCCUCCCCCUGACCCCCGGGGGCCACCGGUGCCCACCGCACCCCAGCCGCGGAGACCCCGGCCCAAGCGCUGACGCCCACUGGCGGCCCUGGCACGACCCUCAGCCCCUCCCCCGCGGGCCCCCUCAGCCCCGGCCGCCCUCCCCACAGGAAUCCAGCCCCGGAACCUGCAAAAAAGGCCUCGGAACCACGGACGCGCGGGACCGGGACCCACGUGACCGCCCCGCCCCCGGCCUUUGCGCGACCCGGGCGGACCCGCGGGAUACCGACGGUCCGGAGCUGGCCUGGUGGGCCGCGCACGAGCACGAGCACGCGGACACGCGCCCACUGGCCUCUCGCGUGGCGGCGAAGGACAAAGAGAAGGGCCAAACCUGCUGCGUGCGCUGCGCGUGCGCGACGGGGAGCAGCCUCCGAACUACACUUCCCAGGAGGCUCCGCGGCACGCGGCGUGCAGCGCCGUAGGAGCGCUGGUCGCCUAGAGACCCGGGCGGCCGCCGCCAGAGCGAGCUGUGGGAACGCGCGUUCGGGGGAAACGUAAAGAAUUAGGAUUUUUUAAAAGACCGGGAAUCCAAAUCAGCUAGAUUGGUUGCACCAGGUCUUAGUUGUGGCUCAUGGGAUCUUCACUGC